CCGGUGGGCGUGUAUCGCGGCUCACCCUCUGCCACGUCACUGAGCAUUGGCGUCUUGUGCUAGGAGCCGCACGAGCUGAAGAAGCCGUGCACGGUCGGAACAUAGAGUCAGGGAAAGAACGAAGAAUUGUACGAGUCGCCGGUGUGCUCGUCCUUUAGAAGAUGAUUCUUGACCAGACACCACUUUUUGAUCCUGCCCUUCUACAUCAGUUAGACUGGAAAGAAAACAUUGUUUCCUUUUCUCCUGAAAUUUCACCCACUCAGCCUGGAGAAGGACUUUUACUGAGACCACUCUGCACUGCAGACUUUAACAAAGGUUUCUUCAAAGUUCUGUCACAACUCACAAAAGCAGGAGAUGUCACUCCUGAACAGUUUAUAAAGAAGUUUGAACACAUGAAGAAGACUGGAGAUUAUUAUGUCGUAGUAGUUGAAGAUGUCAAUAUAGGAACAAUUAUUGCCACCGCAACACUAAUUAUUGAACAUAAGUUCAUUCAUUCAUGUGCAAAGAGAGGGAGAAUUGAGGAAGUUGUGGUUACUGAUGAAUGCCGUGGAAAGCAACUUGGAAAACUGUUAGUGUCAACUUUAACUCUAAUGAGCAAGAAACUCAACUGUUACAAAAUCACACUUGAAUGUUUACCCAAAAAUGUGGCCUUCUAUGAAAAAUUUGGUUAUUGCACUUCUGCAGAAGCCUACAUGCAACAUCGAUUCUUUGACUGACCUUCCAGCAUGCUAGGUAAAGCAUUGAGUUGACCUUCUUCCCCCUGCUUCUCUGAAGAUCUGCUUAAAGAAUGGAACUCAAUGAACUAUCAUAAAACAUUGGGAGCUACUUUUGAGAUGCAUUGUCAAGUUUUUAAAAUUAAGGAUGUUUUUGGUGUAGAAACCUCUUAAGUGAAAAUGAUGCAUACUUUCAUUUGACAAGUGUUCAUUUAUGAUUAGAAACCUCAUUUGUACACAUUUUCAGAAAUAUCAGUAAACCCUUGUGAAAUGACUUAGAUUUCCACAUUUACUACUGCUCGCCAGUGUAACACUUCAGUGGCUAAAUGUAAGAAAUCACACUGACAAGUCUUUAGACUCGCUGAGAGCCUGUGUAGUGUGCGUGUGCUGUGUCACAGUGAUCUUGAAUGCCUUAAUUUUUGUACUUGGCAAUUCAAAGUGCUGUGUAAUACUUUCAGAACUGGCCACAUUGGUAGUCGUAUGGGUGGAAUGAUGAUGAUGAUACGCUACAUGUAAAUGUCAGCCCCUCGUGGCACAGGUUGAAAACUGUUGUAAAAUCUUUACAAAUUGCUCUUUGGAAUAAGCUAGAUAAAGCUAUCUGGCUAAUAACGCACAAGUUCAAAUUGGAUUUUUUUUUUUUUUUGGAAACUACUACCUUUAUUAAGAAAAGGUACAACUGCUGCAUUUAUCAAAAGGUACGAGAAGAUACCAGCAACAAAGAAAUUUUAUGCUAAAAGAAUAUCAGUUCUGAUAGUUUGAUGAAACCAUCUGUAUUGUCAGUGAAUGAAAACUGUUUUUUGUCCGUGAUCUUCAGAUUUUAUUUUUUCUUUCAGAAAGUAUUUUUUUACUUUUUGUAUUAUUCUGUGGUUCUGCCUUAACAGAAAGCGACAACAGCAGCAACAGCUGCUGUCGAGCUGUGCUCGUGCCGGUGAAGACAGGAACAGGACUAACGCGCUUAGAAUCAUGCUGCUUUCACACCCUUCAUUCUGUACGUCUCCAGUUUGUGGAUUAUGUACCCUGGUUUUCUUACUCUAUUGCCCCGAUGUGGUAAAAAUCAAGCAAACCAUAAAGAUGAAUGUAGUAUCUCCAUACAUGAUGUAAUGCUGCACCUAAUUAGAAAAUGUGAAGGAAGGACAAGACUACCAGUAUAAUGAAAAUUGUAUGUAUAUUUAAAACAAGUUUGAAGAUAUUUUUGUAAUGGCACACCAGCAGAUGCAUCUGAAGGACUUUAAAUGAAUAAGUUCAUUUAUUUAUGUAAAACAUUGACAUUUAUGUACAAAUAUUGAUAUUUUGUUUUCAUGGGGGGUAUCUUGGGAGUGCUGCUUUUGGUAUUGGGGAUACUUUUUAAAAUGCUAGGAAGACGGAAGAAUAUUUUAAAUGUCACUAUUUAUUUAAGGGGAUUUUUGUUUCUGUAACUUCAAAUAAAAUUGCUAUUUAAUAUUUUAA